GGUGUUGCUGAUGGGGUCGCAGCUUCUCGACCUCCCGUACUCGUUUCCUUGUCGCCUCUUCUUCUUCCUCCUCCGGCUCCGCUCCGCCGUAAAUCCUCCUCCUCCUCCUAUAUAAUCAUCAAAAGCUUAGCUUAGCAGUAGGCCAGUAGCAGUAGCGAUGCCGUGACGGAUCCUCCACCACCACCACCUCGAUCGUCAAAUCCUCUAGCUUGUCUUUUGUUUUUGAUUGACGAGACGAGCAUGUCCGGCUCCGACCAUCUCUUGGACGCCCUCCUCGCCGCCGCCCGCGCCGCCCUUUCCCACCUCCACCUUCCCUUUCCCGGAUCCAAUCCCAAGCCCCACUACUCUGAUGACCUCCAUCUUCUUGGAGUUGGAGUAGCUCAUUUCAUCCACAGAUCCCCCCCCUUCACAACUAGGGCAUGCUUCCGCCGAACCAAACACCCACCACCACCACCACCAGGUCCACCACCGCACCAGCUCCUUCUCUGCAUUGGCAUUGCCUUCCAUAACCUGCUGGACAACCAUCUUCUCCACCACUUCCACACCCUACUCAUCCAUGCAAACAAGCCCCAUUUUGAUGCCUUCCUCUCCAACCUGCCUUUUGCCAAGCUUAAGGUUGCCCCACCGCCUCAACCGUCUGCGUCUGUCUCCCCUGCACCUCCAACUCCAGCUCAAACUGGGGACAAGGAAGACACUGACACUGCUGCUAAUCACUCUCCACGGUCGACACUGCCUGUUCGCCUGCUCAACAUCCCUGUGGACCGCCUACGCUCCACACUUUCCACGCUUUCACUCACCGACUUGAUUGACCUGGUUGCCAGGUCCUUGCCAUCCCCUGAUACUCAUCCAGACAAGAAGAAGCUCUUCUCUGUACACGACUUCUUCAGAUAUGCGGAGUUUGAAGGAAAGCGAUUCUUUGAGGAGUUGGAUAGAGAUGGUGAUGGCCAAGUCACCCUGGAAGACCUUGAAGUUGCAAUGAGAAAGAGGCGAUUGCCAAGGAGGUAUGCUCGGGAUUUUUUACGGCGCACCAGAAGUAACUUGUUUUCAAAAUCAAUUGGGUGGAAACAAUUUCUAUCCUUGAUGGAGCAGAAGGAGCCAACAAUAUUGCGGGCAUACACCACCCUAUGUUUGAGCAAGUCUGGGACACUUCACAAAAAUCAAAUUCUCACAUCUUUAAAAGGUGCAGGCCUUCCGGCCAAUGAAGAUAAUGCUGCUGCCAUGCUGCGGUACCUAAAUGCGGAUUCAGAAGAAUCAAUCUCCUACAGCCAUUUUCGCAAUUUCAUGCUCCUGCUUCCUUCAGAGCGCCUUGAAGAUGACCCUCGGAACAUUUGGUUUGAAGCUGCUACUUUGGUUGCUGUUCCCCCACCGGUAGAGAUAUCAGCUGGGAGUGUUCUGAAGUCUGCUUUAGCUGGAGGUCUUGCUAGUGCACUUUCUACUUCCGUGAUGCAUCCCAUUGAUUCAAUGAAGACACGUGUCCAAGCAUCUUCGCUUUCAUUUCCAGAUCUCAUAUCAACACUUCCACAAAUUGGGCUCCGAGGACUUUAUCGGGGUUCUAUCCCCGCAAUUCUUGGUCAGUUUUCAAGCCAUGGUUUGAGAACAGGAAUAUUUGAGGCAAGCAAGCUUGUGUUAAAAAGUGUUGCUCCAACACUUCCAGAUAUUCAGGUGCAAUCACUCUCUUCCUUCUGCAGCACCAUCCUGGGAACAGCAGUCCGUAUACCUUGUGAGGUUCUUAAGCAGCGUUUGCAGGCUGGAAUCUUCAAUAAUGUAGGGGAGGCCAUUGUUGGUACCAUGCAAAAAGAUGGUCCAAAGGGCUUCUUCCGAGGCACUGGAGCCACUCUUUGCCGAGAGGUUCCUUUCUAUGUUGCUGGAAUGUGUCUUUAUGCAGAAGCUAAAAAGGCGGCACAGCAUGUGUUGAACAGAGACUUGGAACCAUGGGAAACUAUUGCAGUGGGAGCGUUGUCUGGAGGGCUUGCAGCAGUUGUCACAACUCCCUUUGAUGUGAUGAAGACUCGGAUGAUGACUGCUCCACCAGGCACCCCAGUCUCCAUGCAGUUGAUAGUUUUCUCCAUCCUUCGAAAUGAGGGACCUCUCGGACUGUUCAAGGGUGCGAUCCCCCGCUUCUUCUGGAUUGCUCCUCUCGGAGCAAUGAACUUUGCAGGCUAUGAGCUCGCCAAGAAAGCAAUGAUCCAAACUGAGAGUGACUCCACAGACUCUGUACAUGAGAAGAGAACCACAGUGGGUUCCAGAGGAUGACAGAUCCAAAUUCACCUGGUUACUCUAUAUGGUGUAAAGAAAGGACAAGCCAUGCAACAGAAAUGUUUUUGCCCUUGUUGCAAAGAAUUAGAACCAUUUUUUGGCAUUGCCUUCGUGAUACAUGUACCAAAUGUUAGGUCCUUUUAUAUCCUUCACAUCCUCCCCAACAGAGGGAAAUUUGUCGAAUUCCCAUUACCAUAGGCCUUUAUUAUACCACUGUAUAGUAGAUGACAGAACUACAGGAGUAGACGUGCUGCCCUUUCUUGCACAGUUCACUUCAUCUGUUGUUAUUUCUUUAGUAAUCCAGAGCCUUGAUGACAUGUUUAUUAACCCUCCUCGUGAUUAGUUAGCUCAGUUGUGACAA